GAUGUUUUCAACCGUUACACAUCAUUUCUUUGUGGACUCUGAACAACAAAAGUCCAAAUUAUAUUAUUAUUAUUAUAUUUAUAUUCUACACAAGAUUGACAUUAAAUUAUCUCAGUAUAAAUGUAGACAACACUCUUUCAAAGCGGAGGAAAACCAGCCCGGAACCGAGUUUUGAAAGGGGGACUGUUGACGGUGUAACACCGGACUCGACAGCAGACUGCUCUCACCUCUUCUCAGUGAAUUCUCUGUUAUUCGCUCUUUUCUCAGUUUUGAACUCAGUCUGUCUGCUGUAAAUGAGUUGCCAGGGAGACAGCGACGAUGACAGCUGCCGUAAACGGAGAGUGGCGUACGUGUACAGCCCGGAGUACAUCGAGACCUGUGACAGUCUAUCCAAAGUGCCGAACCGGGCAAGUAUGGUGCACUCACUCAUAGAAGCCUAUGGACUUCUGGAACACAUGAGCAUUACUAAACCCAUCAUGGCCACCAUAGAGGAAAUGGCUAAAUUCCACACAGACUCGUACCUGGAGCAUCUUCACAAGAUCAGCCAGGACGGAGACAACGACGACCCGCAGUCAACUGACUAUGGCCUGGGUUACGACUGCCCGGUGGUGGAGGGGAUAUAUGACUACGCAGCAGCAGUAGGGGGCGCCACACUGACAGGAGCUCAGAGUUUGAAUGACCAAAAGUGUGAUGUUGCCAUCAACUGGGCGGGAGGGUGGCACCACGCAAAGAAAGACGAGGCGUCAGGUUUCUGUUACGUGAACGACGCCGUGUUGGGAAUCCUCAGACUGCGGGAGAAAUACGAGAGAGUCCUCUACGUAGACGUUGACCUUCAUCAUGGAGACGGUGUGGAAGACGCCUUCAGCUUCACAUCCAAAGUCAUGACGGUCUCUCUGCACAAGUUUUCCCCUGGAUUCUUCCCAGGCACGGGGGACCUCGGUGACACGGGUCUGGGUAAAGGCCGAUGGUACGCCGUGAAUGUCCCGCUGGAGGAUGGCAUCAAGGAUGACAGAUACUACCAGAUUUUCACCAGCGUGAUGCAGGAAGUGCGGGCGCAGUUCAACCCGGAGGCGAUUGUCAUGCAGCUGGGUGCCGACACCAUGGCGGGCGACCCCAUGUGCUCCUUCAAUAUGACGCCUGUGGGAGUGGCUAAGUGUCUGCAGUAUGUCUUGGGUUGGCAGCUACCUACACUGCUGCUGGGAGGAGGAGGUUAUAACCUGGCGAACACGGCUCGUUGUUGGACCUACCUGACGGCGGCGGUGCUGGGAAAGAAUCUAUCCUCUGAGAUACCAGACCAUGAGUUUUUUACAGAGUAUGGACCUGACUACUCGCUGGAGAUAAGCCCAAGCUGUAGACCAGACCGCAACGACACCAAACACCUGGACCAGGUCGUCAGCACCAUCAAAGGGAAUUUAAAGAAUGUGGUUUAGGA